UCCUUUUUAUCUUUUCUCUGGUAAUACUUUCACACUAUAUUACUGAGCAGCAUUUUCAGCUUCACACUUAAAAAAUUAAUUUGGCAUUGAAAAGUUGCAUUCAAACAUUUUGAAUAAAGUUUUGAACUUUUCAUUGUUUCUUGGGUUAUAAAAGUUUGUUUCAUUGGCAGAGAAAGGCAUUGGGGUUGUUUUUACUGGGCGAAAGAGGAGGAGGAAUAUUAAAGAUAAGGGUAGUAAUGGAGAGCACAUUGAAGGAAAUAACAUCAAAUGGUGAUUCUGUUCUUGAUAUGAAAGAUAAAUGUGGUGUUGGAGGUGGUGUUGAGGAUAUGUAUGGAGAGGAUAGAGCUACUGAAGAUCAGCCUAUCACCCCUUGGACUUUUUCUGUUGCUAGUGGAUAUAGUUUGUUACGUGAUCCACAUUACAACAAAGGGCUCGCCUUCACUGAAGCAGAGAGAGAUGCUCAUUAUCUGCGCGGCCUUCUGCCUCCUACUGUUUUAAGCCAAGAACUUCAGGAGAAGAGAAUGAUACACAAUCUCCGCCAAUAUCAAGUUCCAUUGCAAAGAUACAUGGCCAUGAUGGAUCUUCAGGAAAGAAAUGAAAGGUUAUUUUACAAGCUUCUCAUCGAUCAUGUUGAAGAGCUAUUGCCAAUUGUAUAUACCCCAACAGUUGGCGAGGCUUGCCAGAAGUAUGGAAGCAUUUUCAGGCGUCCUCAGGGUCUCUUCAUCAGCUUAAAAGAAAAGGGAAAGAUUCUUGAGGUAUUGAAAAACUGGCCUGAGAAGAGUAUUCAAGUCAUUGUUGUUACUGAUGGGGAGAGGAUAUUAGGACUUGGUGAUCUUGGCUGUCAGGGCAUGGGUAUUCCAGUUGGAAAGCUCUCUCUUUAUACUGCUCUUGGGGGUGUUCGUCCCUCAGUAUGUCUUCCUAUAACCAUUGAUGUUGGCACGAACAAUCAGCAGUUACUGGAUAACGAGUUCUACAUUGGACUCAAGCAGAAAAGAGCUACAGGGCAGGAAUAUGCUGAACUUCUGGAUGAGUUUAUGUCUGCAGUUAAGCAAAACUACGGAGAGAAAGUCCUCAUUCAGUUUGAAGAUUUUGCAAACCACAAUGCAUUCGAUCUUCUUGCAAAGUAUCGCACUACACAUCUUGUAUUCAAUGAUGAUAUACAGGGCACAGCAUCUGUGGUUCUGGCCGGGCUUAUUGCAUCUCUAAAACUACUUGGUGGAACACUGGCUGACCAUACUUUCUUAUUCUUAGGUGCUGGAGAGGCUGGAACUGGUAUUGCUGAGCUCAUAGCACUUGAGAUAACAAAAAGGACUAGUGUUCCUUUAGAAGAAGCUCGAAAGAAGAUUUGGCUUGUCGACUCUAAGGGACUGGUGGUUAGUUCUCGUUUGGAGUCCCUUCAGCACUUCAAAAAGCCUUGGGCUCAUGAUCACGAACCUGUUAAGGAACUUAUAGAUGCCGUCAAGGCAAUAAAGCCAACUGUUCUAAUAGGAACUUCAGGAGUUGGAAAAACAUUUACGAAGGAAGUCGUGGAGACUAUGGCUUCUCUCAAUCCGAAACCUCUCAUUAUGGCUUUGUCUAAUCCGACAUCACAAGCUGAAUGCACUGCUGAGGAAGCGUAUACAUGGAGUAAGGGUCAUGCAAUCUUUGCUAGUGGAAGCCCAUUUGACCCGUUUGAGUAUGAGGGACGGACUUUUGUGUCUGGCCAGGCCAACAAUGCCUACAUAUUCCCUGGAUUUGGUUUGGGAAUUAUCAUGUCUGGCACAAUUCGGGUGCAUGAUGAUAUGUUACUGGCAGCCUCGGAAGCUUUGGCAGCUCAGGUGACAGAGGAAGACUAUUUAAAGGGACGGAUCUACCCACCAUUCACUAACAUCAGAAAAAUAUCAGCCCAUAUCGCGGCCGAAGUAGCUGCUAAGGCAUAUGAACUUGGUCUAGCAACGCGUCUCCCUCGUCCUACCAAUCUUGAAAAGUAUGCUGAGAGCUGCAUGUACACUCCAGUAUAUCGCACCUAUCGCUAAACUGGGAAUUUCGGCUGACAUUUAAUCACAUUUCCGGCUAUAUUAGGAACUUUGAGUUUUAGGUUCAUUCUUAGUUAUAGAUGAAACAUUUUGUAUGCUUCUUCCACUACCUAGUAGAGUCAUUCAUGUUUGUUAAUAAACAUUAUUAUUAGCAGUGAAAAAGGAUGAGAUUUCCUGACUUGCUCUUCUUUUCCUCUCUUUUGUUUUAAAGAGUUAAGAGGUGAACAUUGUUGGCCAGUUUAUAUUAGUACAAGCAGAACUAUUUUUUUGUCAGAUGUACUCUUCAAAACACGCUUAUUAUAAAUUCUGUUUUGCCUGAAAA